AUGGAUGCAGAACAGGUAGAAGUAACAACUAUUCGAACCUUUAGGCAUCUAUCUAUCUAUCUAUCUAUCUAUCUAUCUAUCUAUCUAUCUAUCUAUCUAUCUAUCUAUUGUAAUCAUAUCUAUCUAUCUAUCUAUCUACCUAUCUAUCUAUCUAUCUCACAGUGUAUUCAUAUCUAUCUAUCUAUCUAUCUAUCUAUCUAUCUAUCUAUUUUCACAGUGUAUUCAUAUCUAUCUAUCUAUCUAUCUAUCUAUCUAUUUUCACAGUGUAUUCAUAUCUAUCUAUCUAUCUAUCUAUCUUCCCAUCUAUUGAUAUCUAUCUUCCCAUCUAUCUAUCUAUCUAUCUAUCUAUCUAUCUAUCUAUCUGUAUGUCUGUCUGUCUAUGUCUGUCUAUCUGUCUAUCUAUCUAUCUAUCUAUCUAUCUAUCUAUCUCUCAUCUGUUAUCUAUUCAUAUCUAUCUAUCUAUCUUCCCAGUGUAUUGAUAUCUAUCCUAUCAUCUAUCUAUCUAUCUAUCUAUCUAUCUAUCUAUCUAUCUAUCUAUCUCUCUAUCUAUCUUCACAGUCUAUUCAUAUCUAUAUAUCUCUCUUCACAGUGUAUUCAUAUCUAUCUAUCUAUCUAUCUAUCUAUCUAUCUAUCUAA